CAGCAGGACCGGAUGCACAGUGUUGGGCUGGGGAGGGGGUCUGGCCCCCCAGGGUCACAGGGGUGGAGGAAGGAAGGAGCUGCGGAGGAGUCCUGUUCACAGCCUUGAAUUCUGUGGGGAGGGGAGGGGCCUGGCUUGGGAUCUGGGGUGCCCGGAUAACCUGUGCACCAUCCUCUAGCCCAUCUGCAGCCCCGAGGACCCCCUUGAGCUCCACUGCCCUGGGUGUGUCUGGGCCGGGGCUGGCCGGAGGCCUGAGAUCCUGCAUUACGUUCCCCUCUGCUCUGUCAGCAGAGGCCCAGAGGCAGCCCCCCAGGACCCAACCCCACCUUUGGGGCUACCCCCACCUCACUGAGAGGCCAGCUCUGGAACCAGGGGGCUGGUUGUCCUGGGUGGCCGGUCCUCAGCCAGGACACGCCCCUCCUGGGGCCAGCAGGGGGAGCGGCACAGCUGGGGUCCUGCUCCAGCAGGGGUCCCGCUCCCAGCUCUGAUGCCACUCAGGGCUGUGGGCAGGGCCGCCCCCCACCUGGCCUUGGUUUCCUCCCCAGACCCCUUGGCCCUGACAGUGGCCACCCCAGGCUGGUCUAAUGACAAGUGAGUGACCAGGGCAGCAGCCAGGCCCCGAGCUGGCCUAGCUGGCCUGUGGAGAGGGUCCCGAGGGCGGGAUGCAGAGGGUGCGGGUGGGCAGACGGAGGGCAGCUGACCUCCCGAUCCAGGAAGCUCCCCCAGGCCUGUGGGAUGCUGGCCCCUGGGGACAGGAGGGCAAGUGGCUGGAGGCCUCCGGGUGUGGGCUCGGCCCCAGGCCUACACAGGCACAGACAAAGAAGCUCUGGCUUCGAGGUCAGGAGGGGACAGAGGGACAGACGGACAGAUGGCUGAGUGGCCUCUCCUCCUCCCGCAGGCCACACACCAUGAGCAUCCGUGUGUGCCCCCGCCUCGGGGUCGGCCUCUGGCUGUGGCUGGGUGUCACCCUGGGACUCGGCCAGGGACAAGCAAGCAGCCGCCUGAGGCUGGUGGUGCUGCCUGAGGACCGGCUGCAGAUGAAGUGGAGGGAGUCGGAGGGGAGCAGUCUCGGCUACCUGGUGCAGGUGAAGCCCAGGGCAGGGGACCUGGAGCAGGAGGUGAUGCUGACUACCAAGACCCCCAAGGCCACGGUGGGGGGCCUGAGCCCCUCCAAAGGGUACACCUUGCAGAUCUUCGGGCUCACGGGCUCAGGGAAUGUCCUGCUGGCUCGGAGGGAGUUUGUGAUCAAAGAUUUGAAGAGUAGCUCUGCGAGCAGGAGCAGCCGGAGGCCACUGGGGGCAGCCCUGCAGCCCAGCCCCUCCCACGAGGGGAGCCCAGACCUCGAGCCCCCAGUGGCCUUAGCCCCAAGCCAAGACCUGCCCACGCCUGCCGGACCCCAGUUCCGCUGCACGUCCCCCACACCCGUGGACAUGAUCUUCCUGGUGGAUGGAUCCUGGAGUAUUGGUCACAGUCACUUCCAGCAGGUCAAAGACUUCCUGGCCAGCAUCAUUGAGCCCUUUGAAAUCGGGCCAGACAAAGUCCAAGUAGGCCUGGCCCUGACCCACGUGCUGGAACAGAACCUGAAGCCCGUGGCGGGUCUCCGUCCGGAGGCGGCCAAGCUGGUGAUUCUGGUGACGGACGGCAAGUCCCAGGACGAUGCCCGCACUGCUGGCCACAUGCUCAAGGGUCUGGGCGUCGACGUCUUUGCUGUGGGCGUGAAGAACGCCGACGAUGCGGAGCUGAGGCUCCUGGCGUCCCAGCCCCUGGACGUCACCGUGCACAGCGUGCAGGACUUCCCCCAGCUCGGCUCGCUGGCCGGCCUGCUCAGCCGCCUCGUCUGCCAGAAGGUGCAGGGCAGGCGCCCGCGCAGCGGCCCAGUUACACCGGCCGCAGCCGCUCCGGCCCUGGACCCCCUUUCCGCUCCCACCGGCCUGGUCCUGACCCGGGUGACCUCCUCCAGCAUCCACCUGUCCUGGACCCCAGCCCCGCAGCCACCCCUCACGUACCUGAUCGUGUUGCGGCCUUCUAAGGGCGGCACCCCCAGGGAGGUGGUGGUGGAGGCGCCCGCCUCGUCGGCAGAGCUGCACAACCUGACCUCCAGCACGGAGUACCUGGUCUCCGUGCUCCCCGUCUACAAGGCCGGCGUCGGUGAGGGCCUGCAGGGCCCGGUGACCACAGCGCCCCUGCCCCCACCCCAGGCGCUGACCCUGGCCGCAGUGAUGCCCAGAGCCAUCCACCUCACCUGGCAGCCGUCGGCAGGGGCCACCCGGUACCUGGUGCAGUGCUCGCCCACCUCCCCCACGGGCAAGGAGGAGGGGAGAGAGGUACGGGUGGGGCAGCCCGAGGCACUGCUGGAUGGGCUGGCCCCGGGCAGGGACUACGAGGUGUGGGUGCGGAGCCUGCGAGGGGCAGAGACCAGCGAGGCCCAGAGCAUCCGCGCCAGGACCCCCGCCCUGGCCCCCCCCAGACACCUGAGCUUCUCGGACGUGAGCCAUGACUCGGCCCGAGUGUCCUGGGAGGGCACCGCGAGGCCUGUGCACCUGUUCAGGGUCAGCUACGUCUCGAGCAAGGGCGGCCACUCGGGACAGACGGAGGCUCCUGGGAGCGCCACCUCGGUCACUCUGGGCCCCCUCUCGUCCUCCACCGCCUACACGGUCCGCGUCACCUGCCUCUACCCUGGGGGCAGCUCCUCCACGCUGACUGGCCGCCUGACCACACGGAAGGUCCCCAGCCCGAGCCAGCUGUCGGUGACAGAGCUGCCUGGGGACGAAGUCCAGCUGGAGUGGGCGGCCGCAGCGGCGUCCGGCGUGCUUGUCUACCAGAUCACGUGGACGCCCCUGGGAGAGGGGAAGGCCCAUAAGAUCUCUGUCCCGGGGAACCUGGGCACGGCCGUCCUGCCCGGCCUGGGGAGGCACUCGGAGUAUGAGAUCACCAUCCUGGCCUACUACAGGGAUGGGGCCCGCAGUGACCCCGUGUCCCUCCGCUACACCCCCCUCAGCUGGAGCCCACCCUCCAACCUGGCCCUGGCCUCGGAGUCGCCUGACAGCCUGCGGGUCAGCUGGACACCCCCGAGUGGCCGUGUCCUCCACUACCAGCUCUCCUACGCGCUGGCCUCAGGCUCGGGACCCGAGAAGUCGAUCUCCAUUCCAGGACCCAGAAGCCACGUGACUCUCCCUGACCUGCUGGCGGCCACCAAGUACCGGGUCCUAGUCUCAGCCGUCUACGGAGCAGGGAAGAGUGUGGCAGUGUCUGCCACGGGCCAGACGGCCUGCCCGGCCCUCCACCCGGGUGGCUCCCCCCCAGGCUUUGACCUGAUGGCAGCCUUCGGGCUGGUGGAGAAGGAAUACGCCUCCAUGCGUGGCGUGGCCAUGGAGCCCUCGGCCUUCGGCCCCAUCAGGACCUUCACGCUCCUCAAGGAUGCUCAGCUGACCCGCCGGGCCAGUGACAUCCACCUGGCCACCCUCCCCACGGAACACACAGUCGUCUUCCUCCUGCGCCUGCUCCCCGAGACGCCCCGCGAGGUCUUCGCGCUGUGGCAAGUGGCGGCCGAAGACUUCCGGCCCGUCCUGGGGGUCCUGCUGGACGCCAGCAGAAAGUCGCUGACCUACUUCAGCCGUGACCCCAGCGCCACCCUGCAGGAGGCCACCUUCGACCUGCCCGAAGUGAGGAGGAUAUUCUUUGGGAGCUUCCACAAGGUGCACAUAGCCGUGGGCCGCUCCAAGGUCAGGCUCUACGUGGACUGCCGGAAGGUGGCUGAGAAACCCACUGGGGAGGCCGGCAGCCUGCCCACCACCGGCUUCGUCACACUGGGGAGACUGGCCAAGGCCCGGGGCCCCUGGAGCAGCUCAGCCUCGUUCCAGCUCCAGAUGCUACAGAUUGUGUGCAGUGACUCCUGGGCAGAGGAGGACAGGUGCUGCGAGCUCCCGGCUUCGAAGGAUGGAGAGACCUGCCCUGCCUUCCCUUCUGCCUGUGCAUGUUCCUCGCAGACCCCUGGGCCCCCGGGCCCCCAAGGGCCUCCCGGCCACCCCGGGAGGGACGGAGCCCCAGGAGAGCAGGGCUUCCCAGGGCCCAGGGGAGAGCCCGGGUCACCCGGACAGAUGGGACCCGAGGGUCCUGGAGGUCAGCAAGGGUCACCAGGCACCCAGGGCCGAACCAUCCAGGGACCCGUGGGUCCACCAGGGGUCAAAGGAGAGAAGGGGGACCACGGACGCCCCGGCUUGCAGGGCCACCCCGGCCUCCAGGGCACCCCUGGGAAGGUUGGCGUCCAGGGACCAAAGGGAAUGAGAGGCCUGGAGGGGACUGCUGGCCUGCCCAGACCCCCUGGCCCUAGGGGCUUCCAGGGCACGGCGGGGGCCAGAGGCAGCAUCGGGGAGCGAGGACCCCCGGGGCCUGUGGGGCCCACGGGGCUGCCGGGGCCCAAGGGGGAGCGAGGAGAGAAGGGCGAGCCACAGUCCUUGGCCACCAUCUACCAGCUCGUGGGCCAGGCCUGUGAGUCCGCCAUCCAGACGCACCUGCUGAAGCUCCACGCCUGCACCCACGAGAGCACCCGGCCCCCCAUGCCCAUCUUGGAGGCCCCCAGGGCCUUUGGCACGCACAGAGAGGCCCGGCUCCCUGGAGAAGGGGGGCACGGGGGCCCCCGCCCAGAGGACAGAGGACGGUCCCCCUGCUGCCCCGAGUGAGCCCGAACGUCCCCCCACCGGAUCCCAGACACCGAGCGCAGCUGGAGAAGAGGGUCUGGAGGCGGAAGGAGGGGAGGCAGAGGCCGGGCCCGGGAACCGUUCCUCUGUGCGCUUCCUGUUCAGA